AGCUCAAUGGGUCCAGUCACUGGAAUGACUCCGGAUAAGAAAGCUGAAACGCCAGGAGCAGAAAAGGCCGCGGGGCUGCGGCAGUGCCAUGGAGUGGGAAGCCUGCCUGACGCCGGCGAUGCCGGCAGGCCCAAGGCCACCGUGGUGGACAGAGAUUCAGCAGACGAUGAGCUUACAAAUUUGAACUGGCUGCAUGAAAGUACUAACCUGCUCACAAACUUCAGCCUCGGAAGCGAGGGUCUUCCCAUCGUUAGCCCCUUAUAUGACAUCGAGGGCGACAGCGUGCCAUCCUUCUCGCCGUCCUGCUACCAGAACCCUGAAAAAAAAUCCUCCACUUCCAAACCCCCUUAUUCUUUCAGCCUUCUCAUUUACAUGGCGAUUGAGCAUUCCCCCAACAAGAGCUUGCCAGUCAAAGAAAUCUACAGCUGGAUCCUGGAGCGCUUCCCCUACUUUGCCACGGCACCCACCGGCUGGAAGAACUCGGUGCGACACAACCUCUCCUUGAACAAGUGUUUCCGGAAGGUGGAGAGAAGCCAUGGCAAGGUGAAUGGAAAAGGUUCGUUAUGGUGUGUUGACCCAGAAUAUAAACCUAACCUUGUCCAAGCACUGAAGAAGCAGCCUUUUCCCUCAGCACUUGCGUUUUAUACUCCGCCGGCGUCGCCACCAAGUAGGUCAGCAUCCCCUCACUACCUGUCUUCAGUCCUUCAGCAGAAUCACGGCCGAUCUCUCAAAGAAUCUGAUAUUGAUGCUGCUACUGCGAUGAUGCUGUUAAAUACUUCCAUUCAACAAGGGAUGCUGGACUGUGAGAAACCUCAGCCUCUGAAGACACCUAAGAAGAGGAGUUACGGCAGCGCAUUCAGUCCUUCCAGUUCCAUAAAUUUGCAGGAAAACGAUUCGGGGGCCACCAAUAUUGAUCCAAAAGAGGAUCACAACUACAGUGCCAGCAGCAUGGGCUCCCAGCGCUGUGCAUCUCGGUCCAGCAUGUCUUCCUUGUCCUCUCUUGACGAGGUUUAUGAAUUUAUCUCCAAGACCAGCCAUGAUGGAAGCGACUGCAGCGAAGGAUUUCACAGUGAAGUGGAUACAGACGUUGACUAUGAAGAUGACCCUCUUGGAGACAGUGGCUAUGCAUCACAACCUUGUGUAGAUACCUCUGAGGAAAGUCAGCCUAGCAACAAAGCACUCGAGGAGUUGUGUCAAGAAAUUGAUGAAGAGUUGAAAGAGGCAGCGGGGUCUCUGCUCCACCUUGCUGGCAUCCAAACGUGCUUGAGUUCCUUAAUAAGUACUGCAAAGACCCACUGUCACAAGCAAAGGAAAAAAUAGUAUGUUUGUCAGUGUUGAAUAUAUACAUAUAUUUUUUUUAAUUGUGGCAAUACUCUUCUACUUUUACCCUUCACAAGGGAGAUCAAAGCCAUAAGAGGACUCACUACUUUUUUAUUUUUGGCGCUAACUAUAAUUUAGCCAUUUAUUUUUAAAUCACUGCCUAAAAAUAAUUAAAAAGAUAUUUAAUCUUCUCAGAUUAGAAGAGAUGCAUGAAUUGUGAAAACCUGAAAGCAUACUUCUUAAUGAUCACUUUUUCUUUUCUUUGUAAAAGUUGAUUUUAUUUUUUUUCCAGAGAUAUGUUUGUUUGGAUGCACAUUGUGGGUCAUACUUACUUCUCUG